AUGUCCGACGUCAGCGAAUUGUUCAAGGCUGGCAGCGCUGGAAAAAGGAAGCUUGACGUAGUACGAGAUCCCACUGACAGGAGGAAAGAUGAAAUAUACAAAUCAGUCAAGUUGAGCGCAGCUGAUGCCGUCAGUCGACACACGAGCGCAGAAGAUGCAACAGAAGAUAAUGAUGCCGUAGCCGGGCCACCACUGCCACCUGUAGAUGACGAAGACGGUGACUACGGACCCGAGAUGCCCCCGGAUGACGAAGAAGGCCGCUUUUUUGGCGGAGGAAUCACAAAACAAGAGUCUGAGAUUCUCGACUACGUAGACGGCCGCGGCGAGGAAUCUGCUGCCCCCGAAAAGAUCGAUGCUAGCUGGGUCCGGAAAACCGCACUGAACUUUGAAAAGCGCAUCACGAAAAAUGCCGAGUUGCGCGCAAAGUUCUUCGAUCAGCCUCCAAAAUUUAUCGAGAGCGAGGCCGAUCUCGACGCCGCUAUCAAGGACCUCUCAAUUCUGGCAGAACACCCAGAAUUGUAUCCCCACUUUGUUAAGUUGGGGUGCGUCGAGAGCCUGGUUGGCCUGCUGGCCCACGAAAACACAGAUAUCGCCAUCGAUGCUGUCGAAAUAAUUGGCGAGCUUAUCGACGAGGACGUCAACGCAGCGGACGAAGAUUGGGACUCCCUGGUGGAUGCUCUCCUAGACGCUGAUUUGAUCGGCCUACUCGUGUCGAACCUCUCCCGCCUGAAUGAGGAUGACGAAUCCGACCGCAGCGGCGUCUACCACGCCCUCAGUGUCAUAGAAAAUCUGCUCUCCAAGACGUCAAACGCGGAAAAAGUGGGACAGGACACUGCGCUGGUCAAAUGGCUCUUAGAAAGGGCACAGCGGAAGGAAUCUCCGGUCUCACAAAACAAGCAGUACUCCACGGAGCUUCUGGACAUCAUGGCGAACGCUUCACCAGUGACGCGGCGGAGACUAGCCGAGAUGGAUGCUGUCGACGUCCUGUUGCAGCUGGUUUCUGUGUACCGCAAACGCGACCCCGAAAAAGGAGGCGAGGAAGAAGAGUACAUGGAGAAUCUAUUCAACGCACUUGUUUGCAUUGUAGACGAACCAGAAGGCAAACUCAAGCUUCUCGAGGCCGAGGGCAUCGAGCUUUGCCUGAUUAUGCUCAAGGAAGGGAAGAUGAGUAAGCAACCGGCAAUGCGCCUUCUUGUGCACAGCGUCAACGACGAUCUGAGUGGCGAGCUAUGCCGAAAGGUAGUGGAUGCCGGCGGUUUGAAGGUGCUCUUCUCUCUGUUCAAAAAGACAACGCAGCACCAGCGGGGGAUGACGGAGAGCCUCUUCGAAAUCUUCAGGUCCUUGUUGCGGUUUCUGCCUGCUGAUUCUGCCGAAAGGAUCCGGACACUAGCCAAGUUUGUCGAAAAGGAUUACGAAAAACUGAAUCGACUUUAUGAGUGCAGAAGGAGGUAUACGUCCAUGCUCGAGGCACAGAACGAGAAAAUCCGGCAAGAACGAAGUGGCAUGGAUGCUGAAGAGGCCGAGGCUUCAGAGGGCGACUGGUUCUUGAGGAGGAUCGACGAAGGCCUUUACAGCGUUUGGAAUAUUGACGUCGCUUUGGCUUGGCUCAUUGCCGAGGACGUUGGCGCGAAGAAGAGGAUACAGAAGCUACUGGCCGCCGACGGUAAAGAUCUGAUGACUAUCAAGGCGACACUGGACGAGUACCGAGAUGGCCUUGACCUCGACAAACCGGAGCACAAAGACCUGGCGGAAAUGCUCACAACGCUCAUGGACUUCGUGCGUUAG